UAACCAAAAGCCACCGACAAUAGGUAUAUAAAGACUGUGUUCCCUUUUCAAUACAUCCUGCUACCUGCUACUGCAAGUGCAACCUCAUCUGAUACAUCACAACAAGAUGGCUUCAGCUCUUCAUUUCAUUGUGCUCCUCUGUGGACUGUGGAUCGGAGCAGAUGUACUGCAACCAGUCGAGGCAAAGUGUACGAAACAAACAGUUGAGUGCUGUGAGACUGUCACCUGCCCUCCUGGUUGGACUGACUUUGGUCUUCGCUGUUACCUGUUCAAUAAGGAUGAAAAGGACUGGGCUGAUGCAGAGGUACUUUACGUUGGAGCCUCUGAUCAAGUGAAGGAGGGUGUGUGGCUGUGGAGUGACGGUUCAAAAUUUGUCUUCAAUGGCUGGGCUAAGGGACAGCCUGACAACACUGGAGGAGAAGGUUGUAUGGACAUAAACUAUUCUGGACGCGAUUAUGUCAAUGAUGCAAUCUGUUCCCUGAAGAAAUCUGUUGUCUGUGCCAAGGACCUGUAACAAUCACACACAUCUGCCAUGAAGGAUGUCACACUCCCACUGAUGAUGUCACUUCCACCAGGGUGUAAAGCCUCGAAUACAUCACUGCUGGAAGUUAUAUUGAUGAAUCAGAUUUAAUUUACCUUUAAUCAAUAAACACAUAUAUCCUGCACAGUAA